AUGGCGAUCAAGAUCUUGGCCUUCCUGGCCACAGUGUUUCUAUGUAGUACAUGCUCUACCGCUGAUGAGAAAGCUGCUCCUACACAAGCGCAUGCUAGUCAUAUUCUUGUGGACACGGAAGCUGAAGCAGACAAGUUAAAUGCUCAAUUGAGCGAGGCUUCCAACCUCUUUGUCAUGUUUGCCCAGCUUGCCAAGGAGCAUAGUAAAUGUCCAUCCAGUAAUAAAGGAGGAGAUCUAGGAACAUUUGGUCGUGGUCAAAUGGUGCCUGCGUUUGAUCAAGUUGCUUUUGAGGGAGAGAUUGGAGUCGUGCACAAGGUCAAGACUCAGUUUGGAUGGCAUUUGGUGCUUAUCUCCCGUCGACUGGACGGAACGGAAGAGCCGGAUAAGUUUUGCACUCUGAAAGAUCUCCUGAUGAAGAUUAUGCCAUUUCUUAGUCCUGUCAUUCUCAUCAUUAUUAUGGUCCUGGGAGCUCGUAAAGGCAAAGGUGGACCUCGAGCUCGUGCGUACCAUAUUUUACUCAAAUCGGAGGACGAAGCGGACAAAUUGUUCAAGGAAAUUGACGCUGCAGACGAUAAAAAGGCAAAAUUAUCGGAACUUGCGGGUAAGUACAGUACGUGUCCGUCGGGCAGAAAAGGAGGUGACCUUGGAAUGUUUGGACGCGGAGAGAUGGUGCCCCAGUUUGAUAAGGUCGUGUUUGAGGGUCAAGUGGGUACGUUGGCUAAGGUGCAGACGAAGUUUGGGUGGCAUGUGCUGCUUUGCACGGAGCGUCUUGGAGACAAGAAGUCCAAAUAA